UUGAUAGCUAGCUUGUGUUUAUUUUUAAUAUUGUUUUUCAGUAUCGAUGCCACAGUUGAACCCCAAAGUGGAAAAAUAUUGGGACGCCUUGUCAACCAUGGAGAGGGCAGAGAAAUUAAUGCAAGAAUGAAAGUUGUAAUGGAUGGUGACACACCAGUACUUUGCCUUCUCUCAAUCAAACCUAUAUUGAGGGGUUCUGAGAUUCUGUACCACUAUGGUGUAGAUAAGCUUCCUUGGAAAAAUAAAAAGGAUUUACAAGCAAGUGUUGAACAAUUGCAAGAUGGCCUCUCCCAGGAAGUGGAAGAGUUGCCUACUGCAGUUGAUGACAAUUUUAUGUUGAGCAAUGAUGCAGGCAGAAGUGAGACUCAAGACAAUUGUCUGGUGGGGAGUCAUGCAGAUUCCUUAAUCAAAGAUUUACAAACAAGUGUUGAAGAAUUGCAAGAUGGCCUCUCCCAGGAAGUGGAUGAGUUGCCUACUGCAGUUGAUGACAAUAUGUUGAGCAAUGAUGCAGGCAGAAGUGAGACUCAAGACAAUUGUCUGGUGGGAAGUCAUGCAGAUUCCUUUGUCAAAAUAGAUUCAAAAAGGGAUAAUCUUGCUACUGGUAAGGAACCACCUGUUGCAUGUGCAGAUUAUCAAUUUAAUGAAAGUAAUAGGCCAUCUCAGGUAGAGUUAAUUGUCAGUGUCAAUGGUGAAAAUGUAUGUGUCCAGGGAUUGCUCACCAGUGAUGGCAUUAUAGAGCAUCCAUUUGAAGGAAGAGAUGAAAGGAGUGGUGUUGUAGUCUCUUUUGAAGAGGAUAUUGGCAAAUUUGACCAACCAAUUGCAAAUGAAGAUAAGAUAGGUGUAAAUGCUAAGAUGUCUGAAGAAUCAGAUGAUAGUUAUUAUGAGCCAUCUUCAAGUGAAGAUGACUUUUCAGAGAGUGAAUAUUCAGAUGCAAGAUCCAGUGAAACUGAAGAUGAGGUUGUUGGAAAUAAGCGUAAACAAAACAAUGAUGAAGGACUAUCAAAAAAAAAAAAAAAAGGGCACAGAGGAAAAGCAAGAGAAGACUAAAACAACUUGGAUUGUGUCUUCAUCUCGCACAUCUAAAACAGGUGAAAGAGUAUGGGACAAAAGACACUUCUGUUUCUAUUGUGAAAGACCCUUCAAAAAGAUUAGUGAACAUUGGGAUGACAUGCACUCAGAAGAAUCAGAAGUAAGUGAAAUUUUUGCAUUGGAAAAAAAAAGCAAAGCAAGAAGAGACUUAAUAGCCAAUUGAGGAAGGCUGGUGAUUAUGAGCACAACAAAAGGGUGUUAGAGGGCAAUGAAAAAGGUGAACUUAUUGUUCACAAGCGCCCUAAAUAUGGAGACAAACACACAUUUAACCAGUACAUGUUUUGCUCAGAUUGCCGGGGCUUGUACAAGAAGACCGCUUUGUACAGACACAAGAAACAAUGUCCAAGCCACAAACCAAACAAAAAGAGGUCAAGACAUUUGAGAGCAGGUGCAGCGCUGAUGCCUACUUCAACAAACA